UCAGCCUCCCUCGUGGGCCGAGUGUCAGAUGAGAGAGGUGAGGGACAACCGAGCCCAGGUCUUUGGCAAGUGAAUGGCGUGUCCAUCACGGAUAUCCCGGGGGCGGCUGACGAAGCAGGACUGGGUUCAUCCCUGGAUUGCUCCGAGGCCGCGAAAGCACUUGGUGGGCACGCAGAGAGCGGCAUACAAUUUCCACUACAGCUGCCAGCGGUGAACGAAAAGGCGCCGCUGCGCUGCAGCUCCCUUCUCCGGUGAUGGCAGCCCCCAAGGUGGCCGUGGUCGGCGCAGGAGUCGUCGGGCUGUCCACGGCGCUGUGCAUCGUGGAGACCUUCCCCACCUGCUCCCUCGCUGUCGUUGCAGAGCGCUUCACCCCCAGCACGACGAGUGAUGUGGCAGCGGGGAUGCUCAUCCCUCACACCACCCCAGACAUACCAAUCCACGUGCAGAAGCAGCGGUUCAAAGAGACGUUCACCUACCUGUUUGCCAUCAGCAAUUCGGCAGAGGCGUCAGAGGCUGGCAUUCACCUCGUGUCCGGCUGGCAGGUGUUUAAGAGCACUCCCAAGGAAGAGUUACCGUUCUGGUCUGACGUCGUCCUGGGAUUUCGACCUAUGUCCGAAGCCGAACUCCAGAAAUUCCCACAGCACGUGUGUGGUCAGGCCUUUACGACGCUGAAAUGCAACUGCCCACCCUACCUACUGUGGCUGGAGAAAAGGUUGAAAGCAAAAGGUGUCCAGAUGUAUACCAGGAAAGUCACAAACUUAUGGGAGCUGCACAGCGAAUAUAACAUCGUUGUCAACUGUGCGGGCAUUGGUGCCCACCAGCUCGUGGGGGACCAGAAGCUGUUUCCUGUCAGGGGCCAAGUACUCGAGGUUCAUGCUCCUUGGGUGAAAAACUUUAUCCGGGAUGGGGAUGGCUUAACUUACAUCUACCCAGGGAUACACAGUGUAACCCUAGGGGGAACCAGGGAAAGGGAAAACUGGAGCCUCUCCCCUGAUCCCAGCUCUACCAAAGAUAUCUUUGACAGAUGCUGUUCCCUUGAGCCCUCACUUCAGCAAGCUCGGGAUAUAAAGGUGAAGGUGGGCCUGAGGCCAUCCCGAGCGUGCGUGAGACUGGAGAGAGAGGUCUUGAGCCAAGGAGGAGCAAAGCUCCUGGUGGUCCACAACUAUGGCCACGGGUCAGGUGGCUUUUCGAUGCACAGGGGCACAGCCAAAGAGACUGCCCAUUUGGUAGGGGAGUGCAUUGCCGCCCUGCAAGACUCCUCAUCGAGGGCCAAGCUUUGAACUUCAGAGGUUUCUUUUCCAUUAAUGAUAAGCUAAUACUGCAUCCCCUAGUAGCAUCUUUGGACCUCUGGAUGGAAGAAACCUAAGCUAACAGCUAGCGCCAUUGCAGGCGCCUGGUGGUAUCUCACCCGGCUUACAGGUGGCACUCUAAGAAGGUGUGAUGGGUUGAUCCAACCAUUAGCACAGCUGCCUGUCUCCUCCGUCUAGUAUUGCUCUUGCCUCAGUGAUUUCUCCUAGGUUUGUGCUGAGAAGGAUGAGAGAUAAUAAAUGUCCAUAUAGCAGGAAUCAUAUUGCUGAAGUAUAAUAUAAAUGAUAUAAAUGUGCCAUUUGUUCAUCUGCAUCUAAAUUGUAUUGGAUGAACUAGAUUCAGAUUCAGCAAAACUAAUUUUCUACUACUGUACUAAAUCUAAUCUAAUAUUGCCCUUGUUCCUGCCAUCUUGCUAACAAACUUUUAUCAUUUUCUAUACAAUCUACAGGGAAAUGAAAACCCCACAUAGUGCUGCAUUGCAGUGCUCUAGGUCAGCUCUUACAAAAAACGUUAGGUCACUGUCACGUGCAGUGACCACACAAGCAUGAUUUUAAGAGCAGGUUUAUGAGACUGAUCACUGCAUUCACUAAUGUUACACUUCAGGAGGAAACACAAGGCUUCUGGGAGAGGAAGUUGCCCUGUAUGAGCUAUAGUUUUGUGUAUCUUUUCUCAUGCCAGCUUGCAAAUCACUUUUUUCCUGAACCUUUGAGACCUUGCUCUCUUUAUUUUUUUGUUUUUUUUUCCCAUGUACCACCUCAAAAGCAGCUUUGACAUGGCCUGUCUCCUGCGGAAGAGGAUUUUUCAGGGCAGGCUUAGGCGUGUAUCCUUUCCUGGCUGCUUCUCAUCAGCACUUGUAACAUGUAACUUGUAACUCCUUUUCUUGCAACGACUGAUAUGAUUAACCAGUGACAAACCAACAUGGAUCUUAACACCAAUUUCAGUUACAUAAGAGAGAGAAAAAACAUUUAAGUCAAGCUAAACACUAUAAAGACAAAUUUUUCUGAAAUGGGAUGUGAGUGAACUCAUCUCUCAUGAUGAAGCCAAACUUCUGACUGCCACGUAAGGGCUGAGCUGAACUUUCCACUUUCCACAGUUCAAGCCCUUGGAUGUGUCUGAAGAUAUUCACUGCCCAGAAUUAGAGCUUACUGUCAAAGUACAGGAUGAAUGUCUGACUGUUAGGGAUUAACUGCUCAUUAGAUCUUAAAUGACUCAUUUAAGAGAAUUAGCAUCCAUUUUUGACUGGCUUUUGUCCGUACAAUUACAAAACAAAUCAAAACCUUUCAAGAAUUCAUGUGAUUAAAAUUAACUGAUAAAUAAAAGUCUAAUA